GUGUAAGAAGACCGUUUCAGAAACCGUUAGUCUCUCUCUUCCACGCUUCUUUCCUUUCCUUUCCAUUCCACCAUUUCGAAAAUCCCAUUUCUCUACUUCUUUGUUCUUUCCUUCCCUUUUCCUCCAAACCCUAACUCCCUCUCUCUAUACACUGUAAAUUUCACCAACCAAUAAUCCAUAGCUAAAAUUCUGUAUACAACGAAGACUUUUGGUCUUUGAAGCUAAGUCAGCUCCGAUCUUGAUAGAUCGGCGAUCGUCUCUAUCUCUUUGAAUUUGAUCGGAUUUGGUAGAUUUUGAGAGUGUGUGUGUGUGUGUGAUAGAGAUAUGGCGAAUUUGCAGCAGAAGAUCGACUACGUGUUCAAGGUGGUGUUGAUCGGAGACUCGGCGGUUGGGAAAUCACAGCUGCUUGCUCGGUUCGCGAGGAACGAGUUCAGUUUAGACUCCAAAGCCACCAUCGGUGUCGAGUUCCAAACCAGGACGCUCCUCAUCGAUCACAAAACCGUCAAGGCUCAGAUUUGGGACACUGCUGGUCAAGAAAGAUACAGAGCAGUGACUAGUGCAUACUACAGAGGUGCAGUGGGGGCAAUGCUAGUCUAUGACAUCACCAAGCGUCAAUCAUUUGAUCAUGUAGCUAAGUGGUUAGAGGAGUUACGGGGCCAUGCCGACAAAAAUAUUGUCAUCAUACUUGUAGGCAACAAGUCUGACUUGGGGUCCCUUCGAGCUGUACCUGUUGAGGACGCCAAAGAGUUUGCCGAAAGGGAGAACCUCUUCUUUAUGGAGACAUCAGCCCUUGAGGCCACUAAUGUUGAAUCAGCUUUCCUCACAAUCCUCACAGAAAUCUAUCGAAUCAUCAGCAAGAAGGCUCUUAUUGCCAAUGAUGAACAUGAAUCUGGAGGAAAUUCAUCACUUCUCACAGGAACAAAGAUUGUUGUCCCUGGUCAGGAGCCAGUUGAACCUGUACGGAGAUUCAGCUGUUGCAGUUCUUGAUAGGAUUGUCUUCGCUGACCUUGUGCCACAUGGGCUGCUGCAUUUUAUAGCUUAGGUGAUGCUCCUCCACCACCCUCCCUCUCUCUCUUUGGGUAUAAUAUUUACUGUUGGUUAAUGUCUGACAUGGUUGCAACCUUCAACUUUCAGGAAUAUUGUUGUACAAAACCUUUUUUGUAUUACAGGUAAUCAAAAAUAUUUUUCCCCCUCUUGUAAGAAGUUGGUGGUGGUUAAUUUGCAAAUGGAUUUUGGAUAAGUUAAAACUUAAGAUUUCUAUGAAUUCAACAUGACAGUAGUUGUCUGUAGCUAAAA